CGUGUGUGUGGCGCUGGCGUUGCUUUUACAAAACUCGCCUCGCCUGUGUUAUGCCUUACGGGUUAAAUGGCUGUCGGUCGGCCAUGAUGGCUUUCAACAGGGAUCGUGUCACGCAAACAUGUUUUCAAAGUGAUAUAUCUCGUUCAGUGACUGAGUGAGGGUGUUCGUGCUUUAUGGCCGGGCAACGAUGAGGCCCUGAGCCGCCGACGCGACGUGUUAAACGGCGUCAGGGCCCGAGUCCAAGGGCCCGUUUUUGCAAAGCUUCGUUAUCGUGUGUGUGUGUGCGUGCGUGCCCGCGUGUAUGUGAGUGUCGUGUGUGUGCGUUCACAUCGUCGUCGUCGCUCGUCGUCUUCGUCGCCGUCGCCGUCGUCGUCGCCGUUGUCGUCGCCGUCGUCGUCGUCAUCGUCGUCGUCGUCGUCGGUUCUCGUAGUUCCGCGAUCCUCUCUCUCUCGGAUUCCUAUACAACGGGAGGAGAGGAAGGGAGAAACGAGAGAAAGAGACACAUACAUACAUAUAUAUAUAUAUAUACAUAUACCGAGAGAGCGCGACUGGCCGACCGCUCCUCGCCGUGGUCGCCGUCGUCCACGUUCUAUCACAUUUUCUCCCGUCUCGUUCAGCCGCAAAAAGGCCGAAAAAACAUUGCAAUCCCAAAAUCGUGGGCGAACAAGAGAGCGAAGGCGAUAGAGAAAAAAAAAGAAUAACGGAAGAUUUGCGAGAUAAAUACGGGAUCGUCACUGAUCGAUCGAAGGUAUCGAGAGAAGAAAAAAAACAAUUUGGGCACGAGGGGAAAAAGAAAGAUUAAAAAAAAUAAAAUAAGACUAACACGAACAAAAGCAUAUAUAUAUACAUACACAGACACGCAUAUAUACAAGCACGGGAUAAAACCACAUAGCUAAAAACUCGUGUUUUCUUGUAUACACUUAAAGACAAAAAUACAUAAACGCACAACACAAACUCUCAUACAUACAUAAAUCUAAAUAUAUAUUCAUAUAUACAUUUAGAUAUAUAUAUUUACGUAUACAAAUCUAUUGCAUUGAACACGAGAGAUAUUCCCGUCGGGGGCUCCCGCAAAAAACAGUGGCGUCUUGUCAUCAAAUCUUUACACAAAAGCGAAAGCAGAAAAAUAUUCAUUCAAAAUAGACGACAACAAAACUGCAAAUUUCUCCUAUACAUAUCCAUCCUUUUUCUCUCUCCCUCCCUCUCUUUUAUAAUUCCUUCAUUUGCACCAGUUCAUUCUGCCAAAUUCAGAAUUUUUAUUUUUUUUUAUCGUUCGUCCCUAAAAGAAUAAUUUUUAUUAUUUUUCCAUACCGCGCGCGCGGCCCCUGAGAGAGAGGGAGAGAGAGAGAGAGAAACAGCAAUACAGUGUCAAUAUUCGAAGAAACGAGAGAUACAUUUUUGCUUAUUUGUCACAAUAAUUUAUGACGAAAAGUGUAGCGUAGUGAAAACUAAUUGCGGAAUUAAUGAAGAUAUGUAUCAAUGAAAAACAAGCUGGUUGAUUGAGUGAUUGUGACAAAAAAUAGUAAAAAAGAUAGCGAAGCUGAAGCAGUUGCAGCGUAGCACGGACAACGUGUGCGCGCGCGCAAACCAACGUUAAACUUUCCCCUUGCCCCUGUCAUCCUUUUUCGAUCCCUCCUCCUCCCCCCCCCCCACUCCCAUUGCUCUCCUUGCCCUUCCGCCAUUCUCUGAGAAUACACAUAAACACAGACACGUACAUUUAAAUAUAUAUACGCGUAUAUAUUUACUACAUAUAUAUAAAUAAAUAUAUAUAUAUAUAAACAUCGUAAGGCGCCUCCGUGCUGAUCCAGGAUGAGCAAGCUGUCGUUCAGGGCUCGCGCCCUGGACGCAUCCAAGCCGAUGCCGAUCUACAUGGCCGAAGAAUUACCCGAUUUACCGGAUUAUUCAGCGAUCAAUCGCGCUGUACCACAAAUGCCGAGUGGCAUGACUAAAGAGGAGGAAUGCGAACAUCAUCUGCAGCGAGCAAUAUGCACAGGUUUAAUCAUUCCCACACCAGAGGUGACGGAUCUGGCAGAUGCAGAAGCUUACGACAAAAUAUAUCCGGCAGAUUACAAACUGCCUCGCCAACUCAUUCACAUGCAGCCCUUUGCCAUGGAACAGGACAUCCCAGACUACGACAUGGAUUCAGAGGAUGAAAAAUGGGUUGGUGUGCAGAGUCGAAAAAUGGAUCUGACACCGUUACAGUUUGAAGAAAUGAUGGAUCGCCUUGAAAAAAGUUCAGGACGAACCGUUGUCACUCUUAACGAGGCAAAGGCUCUCUUGAAAGAGGACGACGAUCUCAUAAUCGCCGUUUUCGAUUAUUGGCUCAAUAAACGUCUCAAAACUCAACAUCCUCUGCUUCUAACGGUCAAAACAGAGCAUCGUCUUGGGUCAGCCGCAAACAAUCCGUAUCUAGCGUUUCGUCGUAGAACCGAAAAGAUGCAAACACGAAAAAAUCGGAAGAACGACGAGACAAGUUAUGAAAAAAUGCUUAAGCUCAGAAGGGAUCUUAGCAGAGCGGUUACCCUCUUGGAAUUGGUCAAGAGACGAGAAAAAACGAAACGGGAACAUCUUCAUCUUACGAUUGAAGUUUACGAGAAAAGGUAUCAAGCGCAAGACUUCAGUGGUCAAAUACUGUCGGAAGUUUCGGCUCUGAAAACCGCAAGGCCUGCGUUCGCUCCGCUAUUCACGAAUCAAUUUGGUGUCCAUCAAAACUGGGUCAACAAAGUUUCCAGCAAGGACGAAAGCCUGCCGAGAAAAGAAAAGCGCCAGUACAAAAAACGAAAGCACAAAACGGACGGCGGACGUUCCGCUGGCGGACACGAGGAAGGAAGUGUACGCGGCGGGACGGGCAGCGGUCUCGGAAGUGGUCGUGACAAUCGAACAAGCGUUAGCGGUACGGUUGUCGGUCCAGGUGGUGUACUCGGCAGUGGGCUGGACCCGCUCGCAAGUUCGGACGAGGAGAGCAGCCCUAUUCCGUCGAACUCGCACUCUCAACCGUCUCUCGCCUCGGAUCGCGACGAGGACGACAACGUCGACGCUGAUGGACAAUUCGCAUUUCGACGGAAUAGAAAUAGCAGUUAUUUGCCGCCUGUAUCAGGUGGCUUUGGAAACUGGCCAUGGUGUGACAGAAGCGAAGGUGGAUUGGCCGAGAAAAAAUACAGGUUUGCACUUACGAGCAUUAGUAAACCGACGCCAAGGUGCAUAGGUUUAGCUCGUCGGAGGCUCGGUCGUGGUGGAAGAGUCAUAUUGGAUCGUUACUCUAAUAACAUCGACGACAUAUGGUCGACUUUGGACUUUACGAUUCAUGAGCCAAAGAGCGAAGCAUUAUGCGACCCAACGGCUACCGCGACGACCACGACAGCAGUCAAGAAAGAAUGGCUUCACUUUCGACCAAAGACUCCGCCCGUUUCAAUUACCAGCCCGAGCGACGCAAGCAGCACAGGGAGCGAUUCGGAUUCGGAUCCGGAAUACUCAAUUCCGUGUAGCAAUCUUUCCCGUUUGCGUAAUAAUUGUGUAAACGGAAGCGUGAAUACGAGCGAUCAAUUGGUAUAUCCAUUCCCGCCGGAAGCGACGUCGAUAUGCGUCGACAUUCUGGAACCGGAUAGACCGGGCGACGAGCCGCCAUUCACAUCGGAAUUCAACAUAACCGAUUAUUUUGCGGUUGACGGACUGACGGACUUUGAUCACGGUUUAGCGAGUGUUUCAACAAGUUCAACGUGCGUUAGUUUAACAUCGAGUGCGUCAACGAGUGCGGCGGGUAGUUACGUAAAUUUCGGGAAUAUUUCGUCGCCGUCAAAGUGUUCAACGUCGUUAUCGUCGUCGUUGUUGCCGGUUUCGACGAGUGUUAAAGAGACUAAUAAUUUAACGUUUGGUUGCUCGCGUUUUAGUUUAACGCCCAGCGUACCGAAUCUUUUUGGUCCGCAGCCAAAGAGAGAAGAAACAAUAAGAGCUUCGUCGUCGAUGACGACGACGACAACGUCGACAGCAACGUCGACGACAACGACGAGCGGUUUACCAACAACAAUAACGUCGUCGUCGUCGUCGUCAACGACGACGAUAACAACAAAAACGAGCGAAAAAAGCGCGGCAAGUGUCAGCAAUGUAAAUACUUGUGGUACGUUAAGUGGUGUUAACGCUUCGUCGUUCUCAGGAUCGUCAACGGUCCCCUCUAUUCCCACAUCUUCCUCAUUUUCGGGGACCUCGUUGUCCACCGGAAUACAGACUGUUACAUGCCCCACAUUGGGCUCUAGUUUAACGACUAAAAAUCACGAUAAUGCCCAGCGAACCUCCGGCAACCACGCAUCAACCCAAUUCGCGAGUUUGCCCUCGUACGAAUUGACCACUAUCUGCAAUCAAUCGAGAAAUCAAGGCACAACGAUUAGUUCGUCUACCGGUAAUACGAAACAGCAGCAAAUUAUUCAUCAGCAACAGAUUCUCCAUCAUCAUCACCAUCACCACCACCACCAUCAGCAUCAGCAGCAACAAUUGCAAAGGCAAAUGGCAAACAAUAACAACGUCUCGUCAUUCGUCACAGCGGCUUCCAUACUAUCGAAAUCUUUGACUAGUCCGUCGAGUAAUAAUAAUAAUAAUCGGAAUAAUAGCAGCAUCGGUGUUGUAAAUGCUGCUGCCUCCUCCUCGUCCUCGUCAUCUUCUUCAUCCUCGUCUUCGUCGUCUUCAUCUUCGUCACCGUCAACCUCCUCGUCCUCGGGGAUAACGACGAUACCAUCGGUCUCCGGUGGCUUAAGGGUUUUCACGAAUGCAACCUCAGUUUCUGGUUUAACGAACUUUGGCAACGGGCACCAAAACGGUCCGACAACUUCUGCCAUCAGCAAUCAAUUGAAUCAAUCCCAACAGCAUAAUCUUCAUCAUAAUUCCCCCCAUUCACACAAUCAACAACAAACCCAUCAUCAGAAUCCUCACAAUCAAAUCGUUCACCAUCAUCACCAUCAUCAUCAUCAUCAUCAUCAACAACAACAACAACAACAACAACAACAACAACAACAACAACAACAACAACAACAACAACAACAACAACAAACUCAUCAUCAACAUCAUUCGAGCAACAGUUUAUUGUCGACUGGAGGAUUAAAUAAUAUGGGAAAUACGGGUAGUCACAGCGGUGGUAACAUGCCGAAUAAUCAGACCAUAAUUAUAGCUCAGAAGCAUCCACCGUCCAAUCUGUUGCCCGGUCUCGUAGCACAGAACAAAUUAGCCACUCUCGCCAGGCAACAGCAGCAGCAACAACAACAGCAGCAACAACUUUUGCAACAACAACAAUUGUUGCAGCAGCAACAGCAGACGCAGGUUCAGAUGUCGAAUCAGACACAACAGAUCCCGUCGUCCGGGGAAAUUACGCUUAAUAGUAAUAGUGAAGGAUUGAGUAUGAUGGAGGUUGAUGGUGUAGUCGACGGAUCAUCGUGCGAGAGCACAAAGCAGCAACAGCAACAACAGCAGCAACAGCAGCAGCUCGUACGCGCUAACAAGACUAAUUCACUCGCGAUGGAAGUGACAUGAUGCCUGUUGUUGGCAGCUCCCUCGAUCGCUUCAUCGCGUCAGUGGGGGCUUCGCUAAGAAAAAAAAGUAAAGAAUCGUUGUGUUGACGUUAAGAUUCGCAAUGAUUCGGAGAAACGAAGAAAAUACGCUACAGCUUUCCGGCUCUGAUGGCGAGUUACGCAAGAAAUAGAAGAAGAAUUACGACGACAACGACGACGACGACGACGAUGAUGAUAAAUGAUAAUAGAGACGACGCAUGUCGAAAAAAGCGCUGGACGACAGGUGUGACUGGAAUCGAAUAAAAAGUAUUUCUUUUUUGUUCUGCCCCUUCCUUUCGCUGACCAGUAGCGCGCGGGGAUUCUGUCCAAAAUGCGAAAAAAAACUCUAAUUUUUAUCGUCAAAUGGCCAUUGAUCUUUUUAUUGUUACGUUCAUACACGCUCGUCCGGUCAAUGAGCGAAGAAGCUCGAUUUUUUUCAAAGCCUUCAAUGGAAUCGUUCGAAAAUAGAAACGACAAUGGGCGAGAGAAAACACCUUUUUUUUUGCUACAAUGCUGAAACGCAGAGAAAAUAAAUGUAUGCGAAAAUGUGUGAAGGAGAUGCGAGAAUGAUGAUGAAAAUAAUAGUGAUAAAGAGAAAAAGUGUGAAUGUGUAAAAAAAAUACAAAAAAAAAACAAAAAAACUGUCUCAGUUGCGCGCGUCGAGUCGUCGAUUGAUUGAGCUGAAAAUUUGAUGAAAGAGCAGAGGAAACCAUAAUAUUAAAGUAUAAAAAAAGGGGUGGAAACCUUGUAAAUAUAAAAAUAAUUACGCUUACUGUAUCUCUUAAUUUUAGGUGAAUAAUUAAAUAAAUGUAAUUAAAUGUUGUUGUGGUAGGUGCACAGCGAUGUGUAAGAAAAAAACGACUAAAAGAACCGAGUGAAAAAGCGAGAGCGGGAGAGAAAAUGAGGACGAGCGAAUGAGGUAAAAGAAAGAAAGAGAGAGAGAGAGAGAUGCAAGUUUCGUGGAACGAUUAUGAAUGAAAAAAUCAUUACAAGAGAUGAAACAAAAAAAACAAUAAACUACAAAACAGACAAACACACAAUUUUAGGAGGAGAGUAAUAAAGAAAUUUUAUCCUGGAUCGAUGAGAAUACAAAACAAAA